CAGAAUUGUCAAGGGGGCUUACAGAAUUAUCAAAGGGGAUUACAAAAUUAUCAAGGGGACUUACAGAAUUAUCAAAGGGGCUUACAAAAUUAUCAAGCGGGUUUGCAGAAUUAUGAAAGGGGCUUACAAAAUUAUCAAGCGGGCUUACAGAAUUAUCAAAGGGGCUUACAAAAUUAUCAAGCGGGCUUGCAGAAUUAUGAA